AUAAGGCUAAACUCUUACCUCAAGUUCUUAGUCCGGGUGCCCGCAACGAUGGGCAGAAAAAAAGUCAGAUAUCUUUUCCCCAACUGAUCCCCUACGCUCAAAUUCCGAUUUACUUUUUGACUUCGCUAGAGAGGGCACAAUAACCGUGGUGGUGGAAAACGCGCUCCAAAACAAGAUGAAUACCGCACCGAUUUGCUCCAGAGGUCCGAUAUGCGAAACGAGCGUUUCGAGGCGUACUACAAAGCACAAAUGGUAUUAUCGGAGGAGGAGUGGGGUCAGUUUCUCGAUGCAUUGAGCAGUCCGUUGCCUACGACGUUCAGAGUUGCUGGGAGCCGUCUAACUGCAAAUUCAUUGAACAAAGCGAUAAAAGAAGUUCAUGUCCCCAUAUUGAGCAACGUCAUAUUCGAGGACCAGAAGAUUCCUCCACCUGUACAGUUGCCUUGGUAUCCCGAUGGCCUUGCUUGGCAGUUCAAUGUCCCAAAAAAGGUUUUGCGAAAGUCGCCCGAAUUCAAGAAGUUUCAUUCAUUUCUUGUCUUUGAAACUGAAGUUGGCAACAUCUCGCGUCAAGAAGCGGUCAGUAUGCUACCUCCUCUGUUUUUGGACGUUGAGCCACAUCAUAGGGUUAUGGACAUGUGUGCGGCUCCUGGAUCCAAGACUGCCCAGCUCCUCGAAGCCCUCCACGCUCAUGAUACUCUCACCGCGAGUUCUAUCCCCUCCGGUCUCCUGAUUGCGAAUGACAGCGACUACAAACGUACCCAUCUUCUUAUCCAUCAGUCAGCAAGACUUCCCAGUCCUGCUCUUAUGGUUACAAAUCUUGACGCGUCAAAUUAUCCUUCAAUGAAAGUUCCAAGCGUUCCUACUCAUCCCCAACCGCCCUCAAGUAGCAUUAAUGUCAAAUCGAAACUCACUCCGCUCUUGUUCGAUCGGAUAUUGUGUGAUGUCCCCUGUAGUGGGGAUGGUACACUUCGAAAGAACCUUGGGAUUUGGAAGACGUGGCAGCCGAAUGAUGGAAACGGGUUACAUUCGCUGCAACUCCGCAUCCUUCAACGUGCCAUGAAGUUGCUAAAACCCGACGGCCGAGUGGUGUAUUCCACCUGCUCAAUGAAUCCUGUCGAAAACGAGGCAGUGGUUGCUUCAGCAUUAAAUACUAACUCUGAUUUCCAUCUUGUCGACGUUUCAUCCUCUCUACCUUCGUUGAAACGAAGGCCUGGGUUGAGUGCUUGGAGGCCCACAGCGGACAAGGCUGUGAAAACAACUUAUGAAACAUACUCGGCCUUCCUCGAAGCGAAUCCUCAAGCUGCUGCUAAUACAAAAUUGACCGAGGGACACUGGCCCCCUUCGAAUGUUGCGGAUUUACACUUGGAGAGAAGCAUGAGAAUAUAUCCUCACCUACAAGAUUCUGGCGGAUUUUUUGUGGCAGUUUUGGAGCGAAAAACGGGUGGCCCGAGUUCGAAAAGGGAAAAGAAGCGCGCUGUUGAAGAGACGGCUGAAGGCGACAACGAACCGGAUACCAAGAAACCACGGCUGACUGAGGAAACUCUGACAACGACAUCAACACCACAGCAAGAGACGGAUAUCACUAUGAUGGGUGCUUCUGUGAAGAACGACGAUCUCUCGAUCUUUGACGAUGCGAAAGAUGCAGCGAGUGGUGGAGCUUUCAAAGAAAUGCCUUAUACGUUCUUAUCGAAGGACGAUCCUGCACUGGUCUCUUGCAUACAACGUCUCCAUCUCACAUCAAAUUUCCCCUCCGAAAACAUACUGAUCCGAAAUCCUGAAGGCGACGUCGUUCGAUCGAUGUACCUCACCAACUCGAUCGUGAAAUCCGUCAUUCAGAAUAAUGAUUUUACGCGUAUCCGGCUCACUUCUGCGGGUACGAAGGUAUUCACCAGGCAGGAAGGUGCAGGUGCCAAGGUACAUCCAAAAUCGGUGCUAGAGGAAACGAAGUCGAAGGAAGAACAAGACGAAAAUCGCCGUUCAGUGCCAUCAUCGGCGUCGCCGUCAAACGUAGGUGUCGGACCACAAUACCGUAUCCUCGGGGAAGGUUUACCUGUGGUUCUUCCUUACGUUGAACCCACGCGAAUCAUUGAAGGUCCUAUGUCUGCGCUCAAAACAUUAGUGGAAUCGUAUUACCCGUUACUUGAAAGUUUCGAGGAGUCUUUCCGGGACGUGAUUCGGCAAUCAGAACUCGGGUGCCAUGUUGUCCGAUUCCCUCCCGGGGAAAUACAGGGAGGAUCACUCAGUCACGAACUAGUCCUUCCGAUAUGGAAGUCCGGUGUUUCGAUGACCCUAAUGAUAGAUAAAAAGGCCAAAAAUGCUCUCAGCCUACGUGUAUUCGGGAAAGAAUUACCCUCGACGGCAAGCGCCAGGCAGCGGAAAACAGAAAAAGCUAUUGUUGACGCUGCCGGGGCUGACACCGUUGUCCUCGACGAUGAGGGGGAGGGGGGUCACGGAGAGGUUGUCGCUGAAGAAUCAUCUGACGAGGUCACCGUCUGGCCAGAUAUUAAUAUUGGGUCGGAACAUAUCGUCAUACAGGGUUUGUGACGCCAGAAAUACCAGAAAUUAUUUGAUGUCCUGGUGUAUGCGUCGAGAGCGGUGUUCAUGGUCCGUGUUCAACGCGACUCUAGGACCAACUAUGUAGGCCCGGGCUGGGUCCAACUUCGACUCAGUCCCGUUGCUUGAUACACGCCAUGGUCAUCCAUCAUUAUCCCACUGUGGCACCAAGCACUUCUCAGAGUGGCCUUCCAGUCAAGCGUGCUGUGUGUUUGAGACACCUGGGUAAAGGUCAGCCCACCAUUGGCCCAGGUCAUGAUCAAUAAACCUCCUUUACCUUGGGUUACCUCCCAGUCUAUGAACAAACGUUCCUAAGUACCAAGUUGUUUCGAUGAAUUAAUUCUCUCCCCACACCUGUCUUCGGAUCUCAGACAAUUCGAUUACCCACGUUCUUUCUCCAGUCAUUUCUACUUGGGAUAGAUCUCGAAGGGUCCCUGACAGAGCCUGAUUGUUGGCAUCUUCUGCCAAAUUUAGCAUUACACCAA